UCUUUAACCUGUAACCUCUCAAAGCAGAAACAUUAAGGUCAGUGAUUAAUUGCUGGGACAAAUCAUCCUGGGUACAACAGGGUUAAUAAGCAGGAAUGGGAUAGGUGGGGUUACAAACCAGGAACACAUGCCCUCCGAGUUAGAUAGCUUUCUUUCCUUUUAAUUGCCCUGAAAACACACACUCUCACAUAACACGGAAGGUGAGAGCUGAACGAAGUUUUCUGGGUAAUGGCUUGAAAUGUUUUCCUUAUGAGAAGUGGUGUUGAGUUACAGCGUGCAGACUGAGAACUGGGAGGAGAGAGAGCAGCAGCCCUAGCCCGGCCCCCACCUUUUCUUGGGCUUGUAGGAAGGUGGACAUGGGCUCAAGGAGAUAGGACAAGUGAUAUGUUGAACUGUCCGGUGGCUGGAAUCCGCUGCUCCUAGAGUGGCCUAAGAGCAAUGUUGAGCAGGGCUUAGCCAGGGGCCAGCAGGAGCAGACACGGAUGCUCUGCUGUGAAAUGCCACGCAGGCAGACUGACAAGCGGUAGGAGCUGAGCUUUCCCCCUGGACUGCUGUUUCCUGCUGUGUUCAGGGGAGGGGGGCGCUUUCUGGCAACUCUGCUGCUGCUGCUGCUGCUACCUCAGCUCCCUCUCCACUCAAGGUAAGCAGGCUCAGAGGGAGGGCAGGCUGCAAAGGAAGCCUUUGUACCAUGAACAAGAUCCGAAAGUUUUUCCGAGGAAGUGGGCGAGUCCUAGCAUUUAUAUUUGUAGCUUCUGUCAUCUGGCUGCUGUUUGACAUGGCAGCUCUCCGUCUCUCAUUCAGUGAGAUCAACACUCGGGUCCUGAAGGAAGACAUCGUCCGGAGGGAGAGGACAGGGUUCAGGGCUCAGCCAGACCAAGUGAAGAUCCUUUACAGCAGCAUAAAAGAGAUGAAGCCCCCACUGAAGGGACAUGGGAAGGGCGUGUGGGGAAAAGAGAACUUUAGAAAGACUGAGGAGAGUAAGCUCAAGGUUGAGGAUGAUUUGGACCAAACCCAGAAGGAAAGAAAAAUGCAGAAUGCCCACGGAAGGGGCAAGGUUGCGCCUUUGUGGCGUCCUGUGUAUCUGCAGACCCCCUCAGUGACUUCUACUAAGUGGAAGACAGAGGGGCGAGACAUCAGACCUGAGAAUUCCUCUCACCAUGUGACACCAAAGCAAACGACAGCUCAGGGGGCUCAGAAAACCCCAUUCAUAGCAGCAAGGGGAACUGCAUUGCCCAAAAUAUCUACAUACACAGGACCUGUCGGUAUAAACCAGGAGGCCCUGAAGAGUCAUCAUCUCAGCAGUGGCCCAUUGAAACAAGCACCUGAGAGGAGCCCAAAUGUGACCAUCAGUCUUAAAAUAGACAGAUCAAAGCAGCAAUCCCAGGCAGUAGCACAUGAAAGGACAUCCCCUGCCAGCCCACCAGUGCCAAAACCCAGGGAAGCCAUAGCCUUAAAUAAAACUGAGACUCAGAGCAAAGAACUAAAUGCAAAUAAACACAAAGGCAGUAAGAACCUUCCCUUUUCCAAGUUCAUUGCCAAUUCAAGUCGCUUAAAGAAGCAAUCUAUUAAUGAGACACAGUUCGGAGGCUUGCCAAAGCGUGACGGAGCCAAAGUGGCUGAUGGGAAGAAACUCAAUUUGUCUGAAAGCCAUGUUGUGAUUAUAACCAAGGAGGAGGAGCUAAAGACAGACACCAAAGAGGUCCCCAAUUCUAAAACCAAAACUGUGUUUCCUGUAGAAUUGGGUGAAAGCCUAGGGAGUCACAUUGCCAGGAAUAGAAGUGAGGCAUUUUUCUCUUCAGUUGCUCUACAGAGAGCAGUAGUGUCUCAAACCAACCAAGGCUUAGCUGGGGGGCUUGAGCCAACAAGAAUUAACUUAACUGCCAAGGCCCAGCCUGCACAACUCAACAAAAGUCAUAUAAAAGCCCUUUCACCGGAAGACCAUGGAAUGCACCGUGUGUUAAGAAUUGAUGUGACACUUUCUCCAAGGGACCCCAAAGCUCCAGGUCAGUUUGGACGUCCAGUAGUUGUUCCCCAUGGAAAGGAGAAGGAGGUAGAAAGAAGAUGGAAAGAAGGAAAUUUCAACGUCUAUCUCAGCGAUUUGAUCCCAGUGGACAGAGCCAUUGAAGACACAAGACCUGCUGGGUGUGCAGAGCAGCUAGUUCACAAUAACCUCCCAACUACCAGUGUCAUCAUGUGCUUUGUGGAUGAAGUGUGGUCCACUCUCCUGAGGUCAGUUCAUAGUGUCCUCAACCGCUCUCCCCCGCACCUCAUCAAGGAAAUUCUACUGGUGGAUGACUUCAGCACCAAAGACUACUUAAAAGGUAACUUGGAUAAAUACAUGUCUCAGUUUCCAAAAGUUCGGAUUCUUCGCCUCAAAGAGAGACAUGGCUUAAUAAGAGCCAGGUUGGCAGGGGCAAGGAAUGCCACAGGUGAUGUGUUGACGUUCUUAGAUUCUCAUGUGGAAUGUAAUGUUGGUUGGUUGGAACCUCUUCUGGAAAGAGUUUAUUUAAGUAGAAAGAAAGUAGCCUGUCCAGUAAUUGAAGUCAUCAAUGAUAAGGAUAUGAGCUACAUGACAGUGGACAACUUUCAAAGAGGCAUCUUUGUGUGGCCCAUGAACUUUGGUUGGAGAACCAUUCCUCCGGACGUUGUUGCAAAAAACAAAAUUAAAGAAACUGAUAUAAUAAGAUGUCCUGUCAUGGCAGGUGGAUUAUUUUCUAUUGAUAAAAAUUACUUUUUUGAACUUGGAACAUAUGACCCUGGGCUCGAUGUUUGGGGUGGAGAAAAUAUGGAGCUCUCCUUCAAGGUGUGGAUGUGUGGGGGUGAGAUUGAGAUCAUUCCCUGUUCCCGAGUGGGCCACAUAUUCCGAAAUGACAAUCCAUAUUCCUUCCCCAAAGACCGGAUGAAGACAGUGGAGCGGAACCUGGUGCGGGUGGCCGAGGUCUGGCUGGAUGAGUACAAGGACCUGUUCUACGGUCAUGGGGAUCACCUCAUAGACCAAGGGCUAGAUGUCGGCAACCUCACCCAACAACAGGAACUUCGGAAGAAACUAAAAUGCAAAAGUUUCAAAUGGUACUUGGAGAAUGUUUUUCCUGACUUGAAGGCUCCCAUUGUGAGGGCAAAUGGUGUGCUUAUUAAUGUGGCCUUGGGUAAAUGCAUGUCCAUUGAAAACACCACAGCCAUCCUGGAAGACUGUGAUGGGAGUAGCAAGCUUCAACAAUUUAAUUAUACCUGGUUAAGACUUAUUAAACAUGGAGAAUGGUGCUUAGCUCCUGUCCCUGAGAACGGAGCCCUGAGGCUGCACCCUUGUGAUAACAGAAACAAAGGGCUAAAAUGGCUGCAUAAAUCAACAUCAGUCUUUCGUCCAGAACUGGUGAAUCACAUUGUUUUUGGAAACCAUCAUCAGUUGCUAUGCUUGGAGGGCAAUUUUUCUCAGAAGACCCUGAAAGUUACUGCUUGUGACCCAGUGAAGCCAUAUCAAAAGUGGAAAUUUGAAAAAUAUUAUGAAGACUGAAGAACUGAUGUAUUUAUCUAUAAACCCACUAGACACUGUGAAAAAUGAUGGUGAACUUGGUGACUGUAUUUCUCCAUGGUAGUUCAAAAUUUUCAAAAUGAGUAACAUUUGAAAGAAAGAUUUUAAAAAAUAACAAUAUUUGAGAUACCAAAAGUUAACUCAGGGAAACAGUCCAACAUUGGACUGGAGUCCUUCUUUAGCACUAGGUAGCCUUUUGAAUUGCCUGGUUUCCACUCUGUGCUGGAACUCAGCCUGCAAGUUUCCCCGUGCCAUCUAACAGGUGACCAGAAAUGAAGAUGGAAGUACUUGCAGAAGCACUCACGAUGGCUGAGUUUGAUAAUAACCAGCUCUUUUGGUCCACAAGUAGGUAUAAUCAAUGAGAACCUGGUCCUUUAUUUGCUAUUUUUUUCAUAAAAAAAAAAAAGAGUAUCACUUGAGUUCCUAGGCUAAAAGUCCUCCAAACACACAGCUAUCAUCUUGGUGAAAUCUCUCCUGACUACACGCAUGUUUACCUAACAGUCUGAAAUAGCCUUGAUACACUACUCCUUGAUGGUAGGGUUUUGAUCUAGAUGACUGCGUAAUGUUUUUCCCAGUCUGAGUCAGUGGAAAAAAUUUUUAAGUGAGGAAGUCAAAUGCUUAUUCAAUUCUAGAUAUGGAUGUUGUUUCCAUUUGUUUUGUGCUUUUAAACUGAACUUUAAAAAAUGGCCACACUAGUAACUUCUAGACUUACGGGGAUAUUAAAAAAGAAAGAAAAAAUGCAAAGAAAUAGAGGCUGGAUCACAGCACACCAUAGUAACCAAAUACUUUUAAUUAUUGAACGUACUCUAGACCCGCAUAAAAGGAGUUGAAAUGAAUGAAGCAGAAAUAGAGCACUGAAAAAUACUGAAGUUCUUUUAUAUGAAAAUACUACUUUAGAUUCAGCAGCAUUUGCAGGCAUGAAGUGUGCUAAAAAUGGGCUCUAAAAGAUCUCAAGGUAGAAAUACAGUGAAGCUACAUAACGAAAGGGGAAGAGAAUGAGUUAACAACAUUUAGGAAGAGAGUUAAGAAAAACUGUCCUAGCCUUGGCAAAAAAAGGAAAAGGAUCUGGCAUCUCUAUGGGGAGAGAAAAGAAUAAAGACCCAGAUGUGGACCUAAUGAUAACACUGAUGAAUUCUGGGAAAUUUCCAAUAUUUCCUUAAUCGAAAUUGAGUCCCUAAUCUUAGGUAUGCCAAUACUUAGGCAUACCAGACAGUAUCUUAGAAAUCCUAAUAGCCUUACAUUCAUUCAUUUUGUUAAGAAAAUUGAUCCCCAGAAGACAUAUUACCUGUCUAAAAAUCUCAGGCCAGUUAGUGAGAGAAUCAGGACCGGAAUUUGAAUCUCUAGAGCCAGGGCCACAAGUCUGAACAAAUCAGUUCCACAACAUUCUUCAGAAAGAGAUACGUAAAUCUAUUGGUUGGGGUUGGAUCUCUGGAGGAUAAUUAUGCUAUAUGCUUGUUAAUGUAGUUUUAAAAAUCUGUGUGGUUGAGCUGAUGGUAAAACUGGGCAUCUUUAGUUCUGACUUCCUAUUUAAAAUUUAAUUUUAACCUCCAAUUAAUUACACAAAAGCAGAGAAAUUGCUAAGAAUUGGAAGGGGAAAUAGUUUUGCAUAUUUUCAUUAUAUUUGAGAUGUUUUAUUUAAAUAACUGACAUUGCAGAUGAGGUAAGAGCAUGACUAGAAAAUGAGAUAAUUCUUUUCAAAACAGAGCCAUGUAGGAGAUAAAACACAAGUCAGUUGCCAGAGGACUAACUGAAUUGCUGACCAAACUACGCUGGAUGCCUCAUGGAGUUCUUCGUGUAGCUGAAAAAUGUUAAAAGGUUUUCUGCCAGUCCAAAGAAUCUCUUUUUACUCAAAAAUAGUUUCUACCAAAAAUGUCAACUCUAUCCAGAAAAAAAUGAAUUUUUGGAUAUACUUACCUUUGGGUACACCAGCUAAAGAAAUUGGAAUUUUUUUUUCCUCAAAAGAACCUUCUGUGGUCUGUUCAGUGUUCUUUAAUCUGGGCUUUACCUUGAUAUACUUAUUAUGUGAGGUUAUAUUUGAAUCCAUAUUGUGAACAUAACAAAGAACUGUUUUCAUAUAUCACAUAUUUAUUCUUGGGUAGAAUUUUUAAAACAGCUUUUACCAUGUCUUUACUCAUUUACUCUAAGAAGCAAGGAACUAAUCAGUAGUUAGGAAUCUUAAGGACCUAACUUUAAGAGGGUUGACUAAUUGUGAAAUCUACUAUUAACAUUUUUUAAAGCAUUGGCCUCUAAUUUUUAUUUUCAGAAAACUGUAAUAAGUAAAUAUAAAUAAUAAAUAAAAUACUUCUAGGUCUUCUGGUACUUCUAAUGAUAGACCCUUGGAUGGGACACAUUAGGGUCCUAAUCAGCCCUGAGGUCAACAGGGAGCUCUGUUCCUGGGGACAUCAGAGUUCUCCCUGGAUUAGCUUUCGAUAUUGCAUUUUCUUAGAAAAAUGUCUAUGCAUGUUGUUACCUUGAACACAAGCAUAGUUGAUAAUAUUUUACAGAACUUCUUUGAUCAAAAACUAAUUUACCAAACCACCUGAGUGCUUCCGAGCCUCCCAGCUUGCACAAUCCCUUUCUCCUUUUUGACAGAUACUCAGAGCUUUCACCAUGUUCUCUUGAAGGAUGACACAGCUGUUGUUGGUACAACUGUGUUUUACUACCAGCAUCAAAUUUUCUCAAUUCUGCUUGCUGACAUUCAAAUAGCUGUCAUUCACAAGGGCAAAAACCACCAGCACAUGCCAUGAUCAUGAUGAAUUGUUAGUUUUGCACACUAAUUUGGAAAUACUCUUAGAUUUUAAAACACCUUGUUUCUAGAAUCACCUUAGGGAUUAUAGAGAGGCAAAGAUACCAGUUAUAGUGUAUAGGAAUUCAAUUUCCCCAGCCAACCUUGAAUUCGUGAAUGGCUUAGAAUGAUUUUCAAGGGGCUCUCCUGCAAAAGAAUGGGACUGAGGUGCACCAGACAGUACCAUCUUUAUUCAUUGUAAUAUCUUUAACUUCCACAUUCAAACACAGGAAAGAAAUUAUGUCUCAGAUAAAAGCCUCAAGAUCCUAGAUAAAAAAAAAGGAAGUUACAAGGCAUAAGAGGAAAAGAGAUGAGAACUUUUGAGUACCUACUAUGUGCUAGGCACUUCUUACGCCACACCUCACUAUUGUGCACAACUCAGUGAGGUUGGUCUCUUUUUCCUCAUUAUGCAGAUGAGGAGGAUGGCUGAGAGGGAUGUCUAAAGUCAUGCUACCAGUAAGAGUUAAAACCCAGAUUCCAUUUUAUCAGGCUGAAAAGAAAAGAAAAGAAAAGAAAAGAAAAGAAAAGAAAAAAGAAAAACCAAGAGAGAGCCACUUUCACUACAUCAUGCUGCUAUGAUUCUUCAAUUCUUUCCUUUUCUCUAAGUAGGGCAGUCAACUCAGGUGGGCUUAGUUAAAAUCCCUUGGUUAUGGACUCAAACCUCUUUGGUCUCUCUCUUGGAUGUUUUAUAGACAGGAAAUAGAAGCUGCAUCCCUCUCUGUUAAAUAACUGAAGUGUAGGCUUAAAAAUAGCUAUCUUCACACACUUCACAGUGGUCUAUCUACUUGACUUCAUGCAAGACAUGCUCUUUUCUAUUUCCUAGAACAAGUUUGAGAGGGAGAAGUGAACACAGAGAGACUGCUUCUCUGUGAAUAAAAUUACCAACUCUUUGUCCCUCCAACCAUCAAAGCUGAUAGAUUGCUCAAUUCAAACAGCAAUGGGAAGUGAAAAAUUUUAGUCCUUUAAUUUAAAACACAAACCAAGACACGUAACUUUCACUUCACUGUGUACAUUGUCACCAUAGCGCUUUUACAAUAACUUUUCCAUAAAGUCACUCAACAGUUGUUAUGAGUCAAGAUGCCUUGAAAUGAGAAAAGGAAUGCUAACCAGUUAAUGUACACAAACACUUAUUUGUGGCAAAUAGCCAUUCCAUGGACAGGUUUGAAUAAGCCACAUAAAGUAUUAUCUACUCCUGAUGAGGUUUAAUGGAUGGUAUUUCAGGUGCUGGUGGUGUCUGUAUCUAAAAGAAAGGAGAAAAAAAAUACCAUUACACUAAACAGGUUAGGUUUUCAACCUAAUGGGUUAACUAAUACUUACCACUGCAAAUUAGGAUCUCUUUGCAAGUUUAUGGGAAUUUUUGCUUUGCAAAAACAUAAAAUUCUCAUUUUCCAGCAAACAGAGCUUCUUCUAACAUGUUGAGUUCCUAAUGACAACAGCUGCCAUCAAAUAAGUAACAAAUAAUUUCUUUGAAAACAAAGUUUUUCUAUUUUGCUAUUAAUAGAUUUUUCUUAGUUAAAGGAUAUUGGUCAUAAAUAUCUAUAUAAAGUCUUUAUACUAGAUAUUUAAACUCAAAUUUUUGAUAGCAUAGUCUACUUCACCAUUCAAAAUGUGUAUGUAUGCAUGUAUAUACACAUAUACACAUAUACAGGUGUGGAUGUGUUUCUAUAUUUUAUGCUUUGAAUUGGGAGAAAGUAAAAUCAAGAGUUUUUACUAAUAAAGAAAAUUAAGACAUUAAGAAAUGUUUUCUGAUAUUUUUAACCCUCUUUUAAGUGCAUAGCUUCAUCUGCAUCUGGCCUUCUGAACGAAAUAAUCUAUAUGGAAUUUCACUCAGUGUAUUUUUCUCCAGACUUGAAAGUAAACAAACUCUAAAUUAUAAAUGAUCAGAAUGCUUGUUAAUUCAGUUUAGGUUUAUUCACAUGCCUUAAUUCUUCUCCUUCAAACAACUGCCCAAAUGUUACUAGUUUUAUACAUAUUAGCUAUAAGACAUAGGCAUAAAAACAAGAGAAGGCAAAAUUUAAAUUAGUGAAUUUUGCUAUUGAUUACCUGAAAACAUUUUUUUAAGUUGGAAAACCAGAUUAAAACUAUGUAGUAGUAAGGAAUUUGGAGUAAAUCUGAACAUUUUUAAGUGCCCAAUUUUUCUGCCUCUGACCACUGAAUUUAUUAUAAAAGGAUCAAAUUUGUAAUUUUAAGUUCCUAAGGAAAAAUUCAAAUUACUUGCCAAAUUCAUUUCCAAAAGUUUUCCAAGCUGGCAGUUUAUUACAAACUUCACUUGAUUUUGUACUUUCCCAUGUAUCUGUAUAAUUUCCACUGCUCAUUAUUACCUGUGUCAUUGUCUUUAUGUUGAUUGUAUAGCCUACUCACCUUGUGUUCUUCAUGAGCUGUUAUACACAUUUUGGUAUUCAUAUUUAUUAUAUUGUUUAAUAUUUUAAUAUUGGCAAAUGUUAUAACUUCUGACAUUAUUUUUUAUAGCCCUCUUGUUUUUUAUAGAGCAAUGAAAGUUCAGGCUUUAAAAGAAGUAGUGGCUUUCUCAUAUGGUCAAAUGUAUUUUUUUUUAUGAUAUGCUGGGUGUUUUAUUUCUUUCCAUAAUUCUAUAUUAUUACUUAUUUUAAAUGUUUUUUCUAUCAUUUUGAAAAACUUAAAUAUCCAUUCUACAUUUGAAAAUGUGCCAAAAGUGCAACCCCAUGUAAGUAUGUAGAAUCAAUUACUGUAAAAAUGUCAGCAUAGUUUACUGCAAAUGUAUUACCUUAAUGGCUACAAAUACAUAUACACAUUUUCAAGUUGUUGCAAUUAAGAUCCAUCUGAAACAAUGGCUCAAUUCCUGUAAAAAUAACAGAAAUGUUUCAUGAACAUUACAUAUCUAGCCACCAGAAAUUUUUUGCAAUUUCAUAUAUAAUCAUUUAAGACCUUUUUGAAAUAAAUAAUGCAAAUGAAUUAAAA